AUGAUUUUCAGAAUUGUCAUCGGCCUGAUGGCCGUCGGGAUUGCCUCUGCGCACAUGGAAAUGAGCUGGCCAUAUCCCCUACGCAGCAAAUUCGAUCCUCAAUCAACUUCUCCCGACUAUUCAAUGACAGAUCCAUUGAAGACGGACGGAUCCAACUUUCCUUGCAAAGGCUACCAGACCAACACUCCAUGGCGCUCGGUAACCACCUACACUGCUGGACAGAAGUACAAUAUCAGUCUGGCCGGCUCUGCUGUACAUGGAGGAGGAUCCUGUCAAUUGUCGCUAAGCUACGACAACGGCACAUCGUUCCACGUAAUCCAAUCGAUGGAAGGCGGUUGCCCCUUGGAAUCGACUUACGACUUCACUAUGCCUAGUGACGCCGCUAAUGGCGACGCCCUAUUUGCUUGGACUUGGUUCAACUUCGAAGGAAACCGUGAAAUGUACAUGAACUGUGCCGACGUUACAAUUACCGGUGGCAAGGGAAGCGCUGAUGCUUUCGAGUCUGCAUACCCCGAAAUAUUUGUAGCCGAUGUUGGGAAUGGCUGCAAGACUGUGGAAGAACAGGAGACCGUUUUUGCUCAGCCUGGAAACCAGGUCAUUUACGGUGGGAGUGUAUCGUCGUCCAGUCCUCCGUUCCCUUCUUGUUCAUAA